AUGGAACCAAUCAAUAAUAUUGAUAGAGUAUUUUUAGUUUCUGGUACUUCAACUGGAUUAGGUUUAUCAAUUGUUAAAAGGUUAUUAGAUAAUAAUUACAAAGUUGCAGCAUUUACAAGAUCAAAAUUAAUAGUUGAAAAUGAAAUUAAAAAAUAUUAUGAAAAUAAUAAUGAAAAAAAUAUUGAUUAUUUAAAUUCAUUAUUAGCAGUUCAAGUUGAUAUUACAAAUGAAGAAAGUGUUGAAAAUGGUGUUAAAGAAACAGUUAAUAAAUUUGGACAUUUUGAUGUUGUAAUUAAUAAUGCAGGAUAUGGUCAAAUGGAAGCAAGAGCAAUUUUCGAUGUCAAUUAUUUUGCAAUUUUAAAUAUUGUUAGAUCAACAACACCAUAUUUAAGAAAACAAAAAUCAGGUUUAAUCUUGAAUGUUUCAAGUAUUGUAGGACAUUUACCAAAAGGUAGCAUUUCAUCAUACGUAGCUAGUAAAUAUGCUGUAACAGGUUUAACAUUAUCACUUGAACAAGAAUUAGCACCUUUUAAUAUUAAGGUUGUAUUAUUAUCACCUGGUGGAUUUAGAACUAUUAUUACAAAUAAAGAGAAAUUCAAAUUGGUAGAAAAUCCAAUUCCAGAGUAUUAUCCAAAUUCAACUCCUCAAAAUUCACUUGAAGCAUUUAUUGGUUUGAUGAAUACUUCAAAUGGUGAUCCAAAUAAAUUUGCAAAUGCAAUUUUAAAACUUGAUUUAAUUCAUCAACAAGGUAAUAAAUUACCAUCAAAUAUUUUCUUUGGUUCUGAUGCUUUAGAAGGUUCUAGUCAUUUCUUUAAAUCAUUAAUUGAUGAAUCUAAUCAAUGGAAAGAACUUGCUCUUUCAACUGACCGUUCUUAA